AUGGCCUCGUCCCUUGCAGCGCAGCUGUCGCAAAUUGCGGCAAAGUCGACUCACGAGCUCGACUUGAAAGCGCAGAGAAUCUCGCACUCGCAAUCACUGAUCUUCGACCAGAAGGUUGCCGGGUCGCAGGAUUUCGACACGAUCUUCGAUAUCUGCUAUGAAGGGUUCCACGAACUGUGUUCCUUGGACCCCCGUUUCACCGAGUUUGAGCGCUCGAUUUUCAGCGAACAAAGCAAAGCCGAAGACCGAACCCAACUAAAUGCGGCCCAGAACCAGGAACUGGACGCCGUGAUAGAGGCUUUUCUUGCUUUGGUUGGAGGCAGAUUACAGCUGAGCCCCGCUGUCAAAGCUGUGGAUUGGCUUGUCAGACGUUUUAGAAUCCACGAGCACAACCUUGCUUGCGUUUUGUUAACCUUCCUUCCCUACCACACGACUCCUCUUUUCCUCAACCUGCUCUCGAUUCUGCCGGACGACCUAACCCCGACUUUCAAAGUCCUUUACCCGUACAAGAACAGUCUGAUCAACCCGGCCAGACACCCUCUCGUGCACAGUGCCACUACGAACAGACCGUUUUUCUCGGCGUUGAAUGAAUAUGUCCUCAAGGUGUGCCGACAGCAGGCGCAAAGUCAUGCGCUACUUUCUUUCUGGGCCGGGAUCGUCACCGAGGCAGUGGCUGCCAUGCUGGAUGCUGCUCGCUCGGGAAGGAGAGAAGUAGAGAAGCAAAAGCACGAAGAUAUUAUCCUGCGCGUUCUUCCCGUCCUGAGCUCCGCAUUCACGAUGAAGAAAGUCUCCGAAUUGAUCAUCAGCUCCUACAUGAUCAGUGUCGUCCUGGCCCAAAAGGCUUCACUUACGGACGACGUGGUUGAUAGCCUCAUGGAGAGCGUGGUGAGCUCCUGGACAGACGAGACCAUGAGCUCCGGCCUUAUCUGUCUUUCUGUUCUCGCACAGCAAAAGCCGUCGACCACCCUCCCCAAAAAGGUGUUUAAAGCUAUUCUUCGACUUGACAAUGCUAUCAGCAACCUAUCCGAGGUCGCCUCGCAAUAUCGAACAUCCAAUCUUUUGCUUUCACUGGUGGCUGGCUGUCUUAGCGACCUCGAUAAGCAAAAGGAUGACGCGCGACUAAAUUUACUGUCCUCAAUUUUCGACAAGAAACUGCUUAGCGACGUCGACCUCAGCAAUGCCUUGACUAUGGUGCUUGAAGCAGCGAGCAAUUCCGACAAGACCCGCGGAAUGUCUUUGGACAUCCAGACACGCCUCGCUGACUUGGUUCAAGGGUUCAACCGGUCGGAAAUUCUUCAACCGGUCCUCCAGAAAGCCUUGGCCGAACCAUCCGUCAAUGUCCCUGCCCUGGAACACAAUCUACAGACUGUGGUUGAGGCAAUUGUUCCGUCACCAGCAAUUGCAGAUGUGGAGAUGGAAGAUGCGGACAAAGAUCAGGAAGCGGACAGAUUUACCCCAGCUCUGGAAUCUUUGUCGAAGAAUACUCUCUUCUCCUCCUCUUUCCUCAGUGCGCAAUCGAUUCCGGACUUUGAUAGCUUGGUGCAGACCUUCGUUUUGGGUGCCGAAUCUAAAGAUCGGCUUGAGCUUUUCACCAAUUUGCCCGCUUUGGGCAAGACUGAGGCCACAAAAUCCCCUCAAUUCUUGUCAUUUUUCGUCAGAGUACUCUCGGGUCCUUAUCCUAAUGGAACGAAGGUUGCCGCUUUGACUGUCAUCUCAUCCACUAUCGCCUCCGCGCCUGUUGACUUUGACCCCCAAGCGCUACUGCCUUUCCUAGUUGUUGCACUUUCAGAUCCCUCUGAGCGGAUCCGCCGCGAGACAGCUGGCGUGUUGGCUGUAAUUGGUUCCUUAUACAAGAAAAGCAACAAGGCGGAUGCCGACUCUAAAAAGCCGUGGGCUUAUAAUACGAUUUAUGGCCAAGGCAAACAAGCAGCGGACAUUCUCUGGCUCUCGGCGCGUGAUACGACAAAAGUGCUCGAGCGCGCAUUGCUUCCGGCCCUGGAAGAGUGUAUUCUUGACUCGAAUCACGCUGGAAGAGUCAUAGAGGCUGCCUUGCGAGGGACUGCAUUGCAUGAAGAGUCCGGUGGUGAGGAGCUGAAGAAGUCCCUUCGGCUUAGCCUUUUCAACUUCCUCUGCUCGCAAACGAUCAACAUGCCAACAUUUGCACCUAAAUUUGUCUUACUCUCGAUGAUCAACCAUGUCGAUAAGGUCUCUGGAACAACCCGAACUCAACAACUCCUCCCUUUGCUACAGAAAUGGCGUGAUUUGAACCAGAAGGCCGUUGAUGAAAUCUGCUCUGAGGAGCGCUUGUCGGCUAUUGAUAUGGAUCACCAAAUGGCAGCCAUUGUCACGUCCAAAGACAAGGAUGCUAUCAAUUCCCUCUUGUCGACUGUCAGCUCUGGCGCCGAAACCCUAAGACCUUCAUUUGUCGCCGCUUGUUUCGGUCGAAUGAAGGAGGUCUGGACCAAAAUCCCAGAGGAUGGUCAGCUCUCCGUGUCCGAAAAAUUGCUGGACAUCUCACUUGGCAUAUCUACCGAUAGCCCGUUGUUGGCAAACAGCUGCCGGGAUGUCCUUCGCAGUGUUGAGCUUCCGGGGGCCGUCCUAGUUAACUUCAUUGCGAAGAUUCCUGUGUCUCUCACAGACAUUGAAGCUCUUGGCCCUGCGCCCAAGCGAAGGCGCACCAGUCAGAACAACAUGGUCGCCAUGACUGUCAAGGAUGAAGCUGAGCUCAGCAAGCUGAUGAACAAGAUGACUUUUAUUCUCGAGAUUGUGGAUAGCUCUGCACCAGAAUCUCAUCCUGGGUUGGCCGGCGGUUUGUUCCAGACCCUUGCUGCUCUUCAUCAUUUCAAGUCACAGAUCCAGUCUGGCAUGACUUAUCUGCUCAGUCUAACCUUGGGAGGCCUUUUGGCUAUUGUUAACAAAUCGAAGGGAGCUGCGAAGCCUCAGUUUAAUCCUUCGGUUAUUCGCGCAGAUCUGGUGGUGGAUUGUGUACGGACGACCGACAGCCCUCAGGUACAAAAUGCAGCCCUCCUUCUCGUGGCUGGACUAUCUGUAAUUGCUCCCGAGUUGGUGCUUCACAGUGUGAUGCCGAUCUUCACAUUCAUGGGCUCCAGCGUUCUCCGCAAGGACGAUGACUAUUCAGUGUCCGUAAUCGACCAGACUAUCGAUCAGGUUGUCCCAGCGCUUAUUCAGUCGUUGCGCAACCAAAAGAGAGAUAUUGUGUCUGGAACCUCGGAGUUGCUCCUCAGCUUCACUGCUGCAUUUGAGCAUAUCCCAUCCCACCGCCGUCUCCGCCUUUUCCAUGCUCUGAUCAGCAAACUUGGAACUCAGGAUUUCUUGUUCGCCGUGUUGGCAAUGCUUGCAAAUCGGUACUCAACAGAAAAGGAUGUUCUCACGCUCAUGACGGGCCUGGUUUCGGAUGCCAGUGCUGUUGUGGAGCUCACUACCUACAGCAAGUAUCUCAACCUCGUCAGCGAUGCACUCAAGACCAAGCCCGGUAUCUCACGGGUUCUGUUGGGAAUUGGGAGUGAUGACGGGCGCGACCCUCACAAGGUCGCUGUCGACCUGCAGCGCGUGUUGGCUCACCUGCUCAAACAUUCGUCCCUCAAGUCAAAGAUUGAAACAGCCUUUGAAUCGGAAGGUGAGAAUGCUGACCAAGUCCGCGGCUGUUUCUCUCGCAUCUUGGAACAGGUUCUGGCCAUUGGAGACUCGGUGCAAAGCAUAAAGUCCGUAAGCCAGGCGUGUGGCGAGGUUCUCGGCUCCUUGUUUAGUACUCUGUCUCUUGUCGACUUCUUGGACACGAUUGAAGUCCUGCUCCAGGGACCAAACGAUGAACUCCGGCGCAAGGUUCUCCGUCUCCUUGAGAGUCGGCUGCGCGGGAACCCUGAGCGUGACAGCGUCUCUCAGAUCCGUGUCCUUGAUUUCCUGCCCACCUUGGUGCAUAUUGUGGAAUCAUCGCCCGAUACGCUCCUCAAGCAUGCUGCUGUCGCUUGUAUCGAUCGUAUCACCGACAAAUACGGCAGAAAGGAUCCAUCGAAGGUCAUCCCUGCUGCCAAAGUUGUUGCAAGUGCUUCUUGUAUCGGCCAAUCUGAUGACCGCAUUCGGAUCAUGGGUGUGCUGUGUCUUGCGUCUAUGGCAGAGGUGCUGGGUCAGGCCAUGAUCCCUGCACUUCCGGAUGCUCUGAGCCAGUCUCUGAACUUGCUCGAUCUCAGUCUUGCUCCUGGAAAGGAAAACUCGAGGCUGCACGAUGCCGUGUUCUCUCUUUUCUCUGCCCUCUUUGUCCAUCUGCCCUUCAUGAUCUCGGCUGGUCACUUGGACAAGGUUUUGCUUCUCUCAUUCAAGUCGGCCAAUUCUGAUAUGGAAGAAAGCGGAGACGAUGGCCGUCAAGAAGCUCUUCGGUUGAUGGCACGAAAGGUUGAUGUGAGCGCGACCCUUGGUGCAAUCGAGCGCAAUUGGCAACGUGGGGUGGAAGUCGGCCCGGCAGCCACCCAUGAAGCUCUGCAGAUUCUCAGUGUCGCUGUUGAGAAGCAUCCCAAAUCAGUCAUUGCCAAGAACAUCAACGUUCUCACCAAGAUUCUCUUCAAAGCCUUUGAUCUGCGUCGCGAGCAAGUUGCACUUGGCGAGCGUGCCGUCUUUGACUCUGCCGAUAUUGACGAAGUAGAAGCGACACUCAACGACGUCACGAUCAAGAUGAUUUACAAGCUCAACGACAGCACAUUCAGGCCCAUCUUUAUCAAAUUUGUGGAGUGGGCCACCACUGAUGCGUCCAAGAAGGAUCAACAGAGCCGAGCAGCACGACUUACGACGCUCUACAAAUUCCUCCAGGUCUUCUUCGGUACUCUUCAGUCAAUCGUCACCGGUUACUCGAGCUACAUUCUUGAGAACGUGGUUGAGGUGCUUGGCAUGGCCAGUCCAACCGACAAAGCUUCAAAGUCCCUUUGGUUGGCGUCACUGCGCAUGCUGCACAAUUCCUUCGAACAUGACCAAGAUGAUUUCUGGCAAUCUCCUUCACAUCUCGCCAGUAUCUCCGGGCCUCUGAUCUCACAACUGGGUCACGCUACCAAUUCAUCUACUGCAAAGCUGGUCAUUUCCGAGGCGGUUCCUGCCAUCACGGAGCUUGCCAUCGCUGCCGAUUCAACGGAUAACCACAAGGAGCUUAACUCUGCUCUUAUGAAGUACCUGCGCCCUUCGACCGCCCCUAAUGCUAGGUCGGCUGGCGGUGAUAACCCACAUACCCGUCUUGCGGCUUUGAAGGCCGAGCAGGCGCUCACCGAGCAGCUUGGUGAAGAAUGGCUUGCGCUCCUUCCCGAGAUGCUGCCGUACAUUAGUGAGUUGAUGGAAGAUGAGGACGAGAACGUUGAGAGAGAAGUGCGGAGGUGGGUGAAGCAGAUCGAGGGGGUGCUUGGCGAGAGACUCGAUGAUAUGUUGACUUAA